CUACAACAAGGCGUGUCUGGCGUACGACAGCCACCGGCGGCGACCGAAGGAACAGCGCAGCCGCUGCUCCAGCAAUCUGGACAUGAUACGGAUCGUGGCCAAAUUCCUGGUACACCGCGAUCAGCCCUUCAAAUACGUCCACCAGGCCGUGUGUGACCAGCAGAAGGUGGAGAGGUACGCCCUGGCCCUGUUCCAGCCGCUGACAGAGACGCUGGAGGGGCUCCAGCGCGGCCUGGACCUCGUCACUCGAUUCCAGAAACAGCGCCAGGCCGAGAUCUGGAACCUGAUGCGGAUCGUGCUGCUGGGCCGUCUGGCGGCGGCCGCCCCGGCGGUGGCGGAUGGCGCCCCCGCCUUAUCCGCUGCCCCCGCCCCCGCCGCCGCCCCCGCCCCGGUGGCGGGAAGUCAGUCGGUGGAGGAGCUGCUCACCGCGGGCCCUGACGGUAUCUUGCUCUCGCUGUCCGGCCUGCUGGACUCGGCGACACUAGAGACAUCUGACGCCGUCUCGGAGAACCUCAACCUGCACGCCGAAAUCAGCGAGCUGCUACGGGCUGCCGACACCGUGCCGCCACCUGACGGCGAGAACAUAGACUGGAGCUUCCUCAACUAGUCGCUGGCGGCGCUGCAGUCGCCGUGAGUGUCCGCUGCGGCCGACUAUGAAAAACCAGGGUCAGUUCGGGUGGGCGGCGACAGCCUUUUUUCGAGACUGUACGCGUCUGGGAGGUAUCCGAGACUGUACUGCAGUCUGAGUGCCUUGAAAAUGAUGCCGGCCAGUGCCAUAAUGAUUAUAAUUAUGGCUCUUUAUGCAGUUUUGAUGAGCGAGAAAUAAUUGUGUCUAAGGCCUUAGAGACUAGAAUGUUACGCGUGCGAGUAGGUGGACAUAGUCGAGCUCAAGAGAUCCUUGGGCUGGAACUGAUGCUUUGCCGGUUGUUUUAGGUUAGACUUGUGAUACGAGCGGAGGCAUUUCAGAAUACUUUUAUUGAUUUUAGUGUGCGAUUUCCAGCCUUUGCGCGCUCGUUUAUCCUUUAGCUGUUAUUUUAACAUAAGGUGGUCAUAGUGAUUGACUUCAUUCAAUGAAUGAUGACCUAUACGGUUUACCAUGAUUAUUACCGCUCUAUUCGAGGUUUGUGACAGUCACUCGCGCUUUGCACAAUGUUACUCUCUUUUACCCUCAAUUUCCAUUUGAACAACAAUAUGUGUGUGAGACAGCCGACCGAUGCUGAAAAUAAUUAGUUCUUAUUUUAUGAGAAGUCACUCGGCUUAUUUCAAGCUAAUUUCAGGACGACCAAUGCUCCUUUAAAAAGAGUAUGAUUACACCGACUGUCCGAGCCGCUCAGUCAUGGACUUGGUUUGGCUUUUAACCGGGAGGGGCUUCUCCAGUCAUGUUUACUGUAGCUUAGAGUAGCUCAGAAACUCCCGAUGUUUUUUUCUAGUUGAUUGCCGAUGCUGUUUGUCGAAUUGCUGGUUUAGAGGUGACUGAAAGACUUGCCUUACACGCGAUCAACGCCCAACUUCAGUUGAUGGACGUUGCUCUAUGAAAAUGUUAAUUGUCAAAUCGAGAUGUUACAAUGGAUUAGUUCGUUGUUAGUGGUGAUUAUAAGUGGAUGAGCUCGACAAUUAUUCCAUUUUACUUUUGUGCUGUCAUUGCGAUACUUAUUGCGGAAAUAUGAGAAAUGUUUUCUUGUUUCCUAGAUAUCCUUGGUUUGCUGGUUGUGUAAGUGUCCAUAUUGUUUAUCUAAAUGACCAUGCUUUCAAUGUUUUUGUACGAAGACUAUUUUGAUGUUUCAUGAUGUAAUAAUCGCCUUGCUGAUUAUGUUAUGGCUAUCAAAUAUCGAGGCUAUAUUAUUACCGGCUUUCAGUUACCCAGUAUAUAUUUACUCCGCGCAUUACGGUGCGCAUACGUGCUUGUGCUACUCCCUGCAUUAUGUUACGACGUAACGUUACGUUAUAUACGCUCUCGAUCUUGAUCCGCAAUGCGCGAACUAAAACGAACGAAUGAGCCAUUUUGGCGGAUUGCAAUGGGUUUGAAAUGACAGGAUGACGUGGAAGUGACUCACUAAGACAGGUUGCGCUAGAUUGGUAGGCUGGCUCUGACAUUGUACUCCGGUGAUAUCAUUGGAAUUCCGUUAGAUUUUCAAUCAUGAAAUGUUUUGCCAUUUUAGCUGAGAAUGCACACCAAAAGCGAAUACCCUCUUACAUAGUUGGAUAAAGUUUAACAUAUAUCUAUGAAACAUUCAGUGAGCUUUUAAAAGAUAUUGUAUGUCGCAUACUCAAAAACCUGUUUUCUGUUUACUGCAUUCAUCUUUGCCCCGUCUUAGGCUCAGCUGUUUUAAGGUUGAAACAGACUCUUUCCGCGUUCAGGAAAUCGCAUGCGAGAGCCUAUUCAAAUACAUUAUAAUUCUUCUCGCAUCAAUCGCUUGCGGGAGGUUCUUGCGAUUGAUGCGAACGUGUUUCCAUGUAUUUGAAUAGGAUCUCGCAUGCGAUUUCCUGACUACGGAAAGAGUCUGUUUCAGGCUUUAUGCCAUUCGUCCUGAUGGCUCGUGAGGUAUUUAGUUUUGCUAUCUCCGCCUAGCUGCCUAUCUGCCUGCCUAUGUAUAGUCUGUCAAAGCUAAGAAAGAACGGAUUUGGAGUGCUCAAUUGUUGAUGCACGUGUCUGUAUAGAUAACUUCCAAUACGCCAGAUAUAAUUUUUCUCAAAUUUGAGCACAUGUAGGCUGUAUCUUCUGCGUCCAAUGCACGUGUUAAGUGCUUCGAGGCGCUUUAGCUUCUUUAGCUCCGUUCUUUCUUAGGUUUGUCAAACUAGUUAUUUGCCUGCCUGUUUAGUUAUCUACUCGCUUAGUCAUGUUACAUCGGUCGACUUUCUUUCGUUGCAUUUCGUCCUAUUUCGUGCGGUUGUUUUGUGUCUAGUCAGUAUUGGUUUGUUAUUGCGCGCGUAUUUCAGCCGAUGUGAAAUACACAAACCUACCGCC